AUGAAUAUGACUCAAGCCCGAGUUCUGGUGGCUGCCGUGGUGGGGCUGGUGGCUGUCCUCCUCUUUGCCUCCAUCCACAAGAUCGAGGAAGGCCACCUGGCCGAGUACUACAGGGGAGGAGCUUUACUAACUAGCCCCAGUGGACCAGGCUAUCAUAUCAUGUUGCCUUUCAUUACUACUUUCAGAUCUGUGCAGACAACACUACAAACUGAUGAAGUUAAAAAUGUGCCUUGUGCGACAAGUGGUGGAGUUAUGAUCUAUAUUGACCGGAUAGAAGUGGUGAAUAUGUUGGCUCCUUAUGCAGUAUUUGAUAUCGUGAGAAACUAUACAGCAGAUUAUGACAAGACCUUAAUCUUCAAUAAAAUCCACCAUGAGCUGAACCAGUUUUGUAGUGCCCACACACUUCAAGAAGUUUACAUUGAAUUGUUUGAUCAAAUAGAUGAAAACCUGAAACAAGCACUGCAAAAAGACUUAAAUGUCAUGGCCCCUGGCCUCACCAUACAGGCUGUGUGUGUUACCAAACCCCAAAUCCCAGAAGCCAUAAGAAGAAAUUUUGAGUUAAUGGAAGCUGAGAAAACAAAACUUCUUAUAGCUGCACAAAAACAAAAGGUUGUGGAGAAAGAAGCUGAGACAGAGAGGACAAAGGCUGCUAUAGAAGCUGAGAAGAUUGCACAAGUGGCAAAAAUUCGGUUUCAGCAGAAAGUGCUGGAGAAAGAAACUGAAAAGCGCAUUUUUGAAAUUGAAGAUGCUGCAUUCCUGGCCUGUGAGAAAGCGAAAGCAGAUGCUGAGUAUUAUGCUGCACACAAAUACGCCACCUUAAACAAGCACAAGUUGACCCCUGAGUAUCUGGAGCUCCAAAAGUACCAGGCCAUUGCUCCUAACAGUAAGAUCUACUUUGGCAGCAACAUCCCUCACAUGUUCGUGGACUCAUCUUGUCCUUUGAAAUAUUCAGGUGUUAGAACUGGAGGAGAAAGCUCCCUCCCCCGUGAGGAGGCUCCUGAGCCCUCUGGAGAGAGUGCAAUCCAAAACAAGGAGAACACAGGUUGAUGCAAGAGGUGGAAAUGCUCCUUCGUAUUGAAAUGUGGCUUAAGUCUAACUGGGAACAGUGGCUAUAUGGUCUCCUCAGAUUUACAGAGAACUUGUGCUCUGUCUGUCCUGGCUGUCUUGUGAUAGUCCUAGUUUGUCAGCUGAUUGUGGGAUAGAACCAGCUGUCUGGCACUUAGAUGGUCUUUUCAGCCACGGUUUUAUCAAGUAUCCUGUAUGUGUAUGUGUUCCUUUCUAAACUGAUACUCAUGAGUGAGGGAAUGUCUAAUGCUACGAUACUGCCUGCACUGGAAUGUUAAACACUAAAUAUGUAACAAGCUGUGUUUUUCUA